GUCCUCAGUUGACGGGGAGAUCAUCAGUGGAAAUGUAUAGGCAAUGUUUGCUGGCCGGAUGUCGUUCUGUGGAGUUGGAUUUCUGGAACGGAAGUGGGAAAUCGGAGGAACCCAUCAUUGUGCACGGAUAUACUUUUGUGUCCGAAAUUUCUGCCAAAGACGUCAUUGAAGCAAUCGCCGACGCAGCAUUUAAAACAUCGGAUUUUCCGGUGAUCUUGUCGUUUGAAAACCACUGCAAUCCGAAACAGCAAGCGAAAAUUGCUCAGUAUUGCAGGGAAAAGUUCGGAUCUAUGUUACUGGACCAGCCUUUGGAUGGUUUUCCGUUGGAACCGGGUUCCCAACUUCCGAGCCCCAAAUCGCUGAUGCGGAAGAUAAUCAUCAAAAACAAGAAAAAACACGGGAAAGGACACCAUCAUCACCAUCAUUCGCAUCAUGCCCACGGUCAUCGUGUUCGUCGACCGAAGGACGCCGCCCCUGCUGGCUUCCCGACGACCAGAGGCGACCAGAGUCGCCGCUCCAAGCGGCUCAAAGAGCGGCCUUCGGCGUCGGCCCUGCAAGAAUCACCCAGCAAAGAAACUGGAUUUGAAAGUGGCGGGGAAGACGCCAGGACGCUGUCGGAAGGCACUGCUGGUCAGGAAGUGGAAGCCGGAGCAGCGCUGUCUGCUUUGGUGAACUAUGUGCAACCUGUGCAUUUUGUGUCCUUCGAGGUUGCAGAAAAGCGGGCAAAGUAUUACGAGAUGUCGUCAUUUGUGGAAACACAGGCAACUGCGCUGCUGAAAGAAAGCCCCGUUGAAUUCGUCAACUACAACAAGCGUCAGUUGUCGAGAGUGUAUCCGAGGGGCACCCGAGUCGACUCUUCGAAUUUCACGCCGCAGACGUUUUGGAAUGCCGGGUGUCAGCUUGUGGCUCUCAACUUUCAAUCCCUUGACCUUGCAAUGCAGUUGAACCUGGGCAUUUUCGAGUUCAACAAUAGAUGUGGAUAUCUUCUGAAGCCGGAUUUCAUGCGGCGGGCCGACAGGCGAUUCGAUCCUUUUGCAGAAUCCACAGUAGAUGGAAUCAUUGCGGGGACAGUUUCAGUACAAGUAAUUUCUGGUCAGUUCUUGGCGGACAAAAAAGUGGGUACGUUCGUCGAGAUCAAUAUGUACGGAUUGCCUGCGGACACGGUUCGACGGAAGUUUCGUACCAAAAUCGUCCCCAAUAACGCCAUCAAUCCCGUUUACGAUGAAGCACCUUUCGUGUUCAAAAAGGUUGUAUUGCCAGAAUUGGCAGUUCUGCGGAUAGCAGUGUUCGACGAAUCUCAGAAGCUCUUGGGUCACCGGGUGUUGCCCGUGGUGGGACUCAGGCCGGGCUACCGCCACAUUCCGCUGCGGAACGACUCGGGUCAACCGCUGGCCAUGGCCACCGUGUUCGUGCACAUCGAGGCGAAGGACUAUGUGCCGGAUGCCAUGCUCGACCUGGCCGAGGCCCUGGCGAACCCCAUUGCGUCCGUCAAGCAAAGGGAAAACCAGCUCAAGGUGAGCUACCAGCAAGCAUUUCAGGGUCAACUCAUUGUCACA